AUGGCGGGCGGCCACCGCCUGCUGCUGCUGGAGAAGCAGGCGGUGCUGGUGUGCGCCCGGGGCGAGCGCUUCCUGGCCGGGGGCGCGCUGCGCAGCCUGGCGGUGCUGGAGGGCGCCAGCCUGGUGGUGGGCACUGAUGGGCUCAUAAAAGCUAUCGGUCCUGCUGAUGCUAUCCAGCGUCAGUUUUCUGAAGACACUUUUGAAGAAAGAAUUGAUUGUUCUGGGAAAUGUGUCCUACCAGGGUUGGUGGAUGCACAUACACAUCCUGUCUGGGCUGGAGAAAGAGUUCACGAGUUUGCAAUGAAGUUGGCAGGAGCCACCUACAUGGAGAUCCACCGUGCUGGAGGGGGCAUCCACUUCACGGUGGAGCGCACGCGCCAGGCGGCGGAGGAGGAGCUGUUCGGAGCCCUGCAGCAGCGGCUCCAGUGCAUGGUGCGGGCGGGCACCACGCUGGUGGAGUGCAAGAGCGGAUACGGCCUCGACCUGCCCACGGAGCUCAAGAUGCUGCGCGUGAUCGAGCGCGCCCGCCGGGAGCUGCCCAUCGGGAUCUCGGCCACCUACUGCGGGGCCCACGCAGUGCCCAAAGGGAAGACUGCCACUGAAGCUGCUGCUGACAUUGUCACUAGCCACCUCCCAAAGCUGCAGGAACUUGGCAGAAACGGGGAAAUACAGGUUGACAAUAUAGACGUGUUUUGUGAGGAGGGUGUCUUUGAUCUGGAUUCCACCAGAAGGAUUCUUCAGAGCGGGAAGGAGAUGGGGCUACAGAUUAACUUCCAUGGGGAUGAACUUCACCCCAUGAAGGCUGCAGAGCUGGGGGUUGAGCUGGGAGCCCAGGCCAUCAGCCACCUGGAAGAAGUGAGUGAUGAAGGGAUCGCUGCCAUGGCCAAGGCCCAGUGCUCUGCUGUCCUCCUGCCCACCACGGCCUACAUGCUGAGGUUGAAGCAGCCUCGAGCCAGGAAGAUGUUAGAUGAGGGAGUGAUAGUAGCCCUGGGCAGUGAUUUCAACCCCAAUGCAUAUUGCUUUUCAAUGCCAAUGGUCAUGCAUCUAGCCUGUGUAAACAUGAGGAUGUCUAUGCCUGAGGCCUUGGCUGCUAGCACCAUCAACGCGGCCUAUGCACUGGGAAAAUCUCACAUGCAUGGAUCUCUGGAGGUUGGCAAACAGGGAGACAUCAUUAUCAUCAAUGCACCCAGAUGGGAGCAUUUGAUUUAUCAGUUUGGAGGCCAUCAUGAAUUAAUUGAGUAUGUUAUAACUAAAGGAAAAGUCAUCUAUAAAAAAUGAUAGAUCUGGAAGGAUCAAAUAAGUUGAUACAGUUAUAUUUAAAUAAAAACACUUGGAUGAGUUGCCAGAAUUAUGUAUCUUAGAGCAAAAUACAUUUCUACGAUCUUUUAGUCUACUUGAAAAACCCCAUGGAUUGAUUUAUUCAAAUUGAACAUGUAUACUUGGAUAGAUGAAUGUGUAAACCUAUUGUGAUGAUCAUCUCAAACCAUCAAAUUGUUUCACAAAGAUUGGUUACAAAUAUUCUGAAGAUUAAUAUGAAGGGUAGCUCAGGAAUGCCCUUGUGGGAAAAUGGACUCCAUUUUGCUUUUUCAUCUCCACUUUCAUCUUUUAAACCAUAUUUAGUAGAUAUAUUUGGUGGAUAGAAAGAAAGAUAUUUUAGCUGACAAGCCCCAAACAAAGCUAAAUUAUGCCCUUUUAUAAAAAGCACACAGCUUAUCUUUGUCUUCAGAUGCAUUAGUGUCCUUCUGUGUUUAAUGUCUUUCAACCCUAACAACACAGCUAGCUCUGUCGCAAUUUCAAGACUUGUCAUCUACACAGAGCAACAGUCUUCCUGCAGUGAAUACAUUUAGACCAAUACCAGUAAUGUAGCUUUAAAAAAUUGUUUAAGGUUUUGAUUCUUCCUAUCACAAAUCUAUUAUAAAAGAUUUGAGUCAUUAUUUACUGUGAUUACUACUGUUGUUUCCCUAUAGCUCUGGAAAUAGAGCAUCAGUGUUGCCCAAGAUUUUUGAAUGAAGUUGAACAGAGCAUACAAUUAUUUGCAGAGUGAGCAGUUAUUUAUAUAAAUUGAUGCUUCUAGAAUUCGGAAAUGGUUUUUAUUGUUUUCAUUAUCUUCAAAAAUGUAAUUACAUUAUCAAACUUCAUCCUACUUACAAAAAGCAAUUUGUCAAGUACAAUCAUUAUAAAAUGAUCACCAAGUUGAGGUUAAUAAGUCUGAAUUAGGAAGACUUUCCUGUAGUCAGUGGAUGAUAUCAAGAUGCAUUGUACUCGAAAAUUGACAUGUUGAAUUGAAACUCUUUGUACAACUACUUAA